GAUACGAUAAUCCACGAUCAUUUCGUCACAUCAAUCUCGUGAUCUCUGCUCGCUGUCAUAUGCGAAAUUCAGAAGUUAUUUUAUAACUUGUAUUCAUAGCAGCAGAAAACGUUUUUCAGAAAAUAUCCUUUUUAUAAACCAAAACUUUACUUCGACGCUAUCAAGGCCAAAAAAUGCGGUUCCUUGGCGUCUUAAUUCUCCUCAAUAUCGGGCUUCUCUCUAUGGCGUUCAAGUUGGUAAACAAAGUGAAGUCAGGCGACCAUCCGCGCGGGUUUGGUACGGCAAAGCACGCUUUGAUUAUUGGAAUUGAUGGAUUUGGUGGUGCGUAUAUGAGAAAUUUCACCAGCCAACUUCCAGCACUUCAAACGUUCUUUGAUUACGGCGCUUGCACAACGGAAAGUAGAAAUAUUGUGCCGACCGUCAGUGCUCCCAACUGGGCGGGCUAUUUGACCAGUAUGUCUGUGACACAAUCAGGUGUGUAUAGUAACGACUGGGUGGUGCCUGAUGGUAACCCUUCAGGAAAAGCGGCACACCUUCCUCCCAUAUCAGGCAGAGGACGACCACAGACUCUAUUUAGUGUUAUCAAGGAACAGAACGCAACUGCAAAGACGGCCUUAAUUUUCACUUGGGAAUGGUUUAUACAAAUUGCAAAGAAGAAUCCCCACGUUGAUAACUGGUUCUGGGGCCAUGAGGGAAUCGUUUGUGGACCGAAGGAGAGUGAACAAGAUUGCUCUAACAGACAAGACUGGAAUGUUCAACAGAAAACUAUUGAAGCCAUAGAGAAAGAUCAACCAACAUUAACCUUCAUUCAUUUUGACGCGGUUGAUGCAGCCGGUCAUAAUUCAUACUGGGGCAGUCCAGUGUAUUAUGAAAUGACGAAGGAAAAAGACCGACAAGUAGCCGGUAUUUUGGAAGCUCUGGAGAAGACAAAAACUACGUCUGGAAACUCAAUGCUGGAUGAGACAAUUAUUGCGGUUGUAGCCGACCAUGGUGGGUACAGAGGGACUCAUGGAAUAACACCUCCUAUGAUUGCUGAAGUCUACGUACCAUUGUUAUUACGAGGUCCAGGAAUCGCGAACAUUGAUUUGGACAAUGAUUUAAUUGAUCGUCCUGACAUAUCAAGUCUUGAUAUGCCUGUAACCGUGCUGAAUGCCCUGGGUAUCGAGCCUGGAAAAUACAUGAGAGGACGCGUUCUUGAAGAGAUCUACCAGUCUUAAUGAAAUAGUUUUAUACAAUCUUUGUAACAGGAAAUCUAAUUGGGAGGAGUUGUAUUCAAAAUGAAAAUGUCACGUUAAUCUUUCAAACAAAUAAAUUUUAAGUGAAA